AUCAGGCUGACUUAAAUGAUAUCCUUUAAGGGUGUACAUCARCUAAAGUGGUUGUAUCGCAAGAACUGCUACAGUUUUCCGACCCCUGGCAUUGCAGACAAGGCAUUCAUUCAGUCUAUAACACUGGCUGGAACAGUGGAACCAAAGACAGAKUGUAAAAACUGUCCUCCUGGUACUUAUAGUAACAAGAAUGGAGCUACAAAGUGUGAAAAAUGUGAUUACUUUCAGUAYCAGUCCAAAACAGGGCAGACAAAAUGUACAGAUUGUCCAUCAGAUAGUUACUCUAUGCAAGGUUCUGCAUACUGCAUUCCAAUGGCAGUCUGUACUGAAAACGAUCUUAUCAUGGCACCUGAAGAUAUUAGCACUUGUACCGUGAGGAAGACAGAUGGUGUACUCGUCAGGAAAAUUAUACCUGAAUACACUACAGUCAGUAUUAAAGCCAAAAAACGCACACUGUGCAUAAAGCCAACAGCUGUCACACCUCCCAAAACCGUCCCAUGCAAAUGUCAACCAGGCUUUGAGCUGACACGUAAGGUUUCAACUGCGAAAUGCAGACAAUGCCCAAAGGGUAUGAUGUCCCAAGAUGGCAUGAARUGUGKSAAGUGCCCAAGUGGACAUGUUGCAUUGAUGGGAAUGCAUUACUAUUGGUGGGAUAAAAGCGGCCUACCCGAAGGAUUUACAUCUGGUUGUGGUGGCGAUUGUCCAGAUAUGGUAAGAUACUUCAGCAAGUUGUGGUAACUUUAAGACAACGGACGAU